ACACAAACGAUUGACUCGAUAAAAUCCUAAACACGGAACCAAAAUCUGCGUCACUGGUUGAACCGGAAGCAUUUAUUAUCACCCUCACAGUUUCAAUUUCUGUCUGCACGAAAGAUGAAUACCCGUGGGCUUCGUUCUCAGCUGAAAGACAGUGUCCCAGUCACGGGGCUUGCUCCACAAGCAGGAGCCUAUGGCGUCCCUGACACCAUGCGCAGAGGAUUCUCCAGUGUGAAGAAUGAACUGCUCCCCAGUCACCCGCUGGAACUUUCAGAGAAGAAUUUCCAGCUCAACCAGGACAAGAUGAACUUCAGCACUCUCAGAAAUAUCCAGGGUCUCCAUGCACCUCUGAAGCUACAGAUGGAGUACAGAGCAGCCAGACAGAUUCAACGCUUACCAUUCCUGCAAAGUUCAAACUUGGCCAUUGACACGUUGCGUGGAACCGAUGACAUGAUUGGCUUCGAGGACAUCCUCAAUGAUCCAGGCCAGAGCGAGAUGAUGGGGGAGCCUCACAUGAUGGUGGAGUACAAGAUGGGCCUGCUGUAAUUACACACAAUUGGUUGUAUUUGACUAAUAACUCUUAGAAUUAAAUCUUUUGGAUGCAUUGUAUUUCAUUACCGUACAUGGGCACUGUACACAAACUUUAGACUUUGUAUUUGUAAUAAAACUGUUCCAUAUCUAUGA